AUGAAGUCGAUUAUUUUCGGAUUCUCGCUCGCCGGCGCCGCCCUCGCCCAGGUCGUGAAUGGCCUUUCCUUCAUCCCCGUCCCAACAGAACAUGUCCAGCAUGCUCCCCAGAUCACUGCUGCCCCUGAGCACAUGCCCUACGAGGUCUUCCAGAAGGGUGGAUGGAAGGACUUGCCCUGCGGUUAUGGUCACAAGAAGGAUGCUGAUGGAACCUGCAGACCUGAGGAAUGGUACUCGAAUCCUCACCAAGGAUGCUAUGGAACAACCAUCAUCAACAUCAACAAAGGCUCCUGUGCUCCAGCUCACCCAGCCACUGUUACUGUUACCAACACAGUUCACAAUACCGUGACUGAAACGGUGCACGCUACCGUUACCCAACACCUAACGGAGACCCAACUGAGCACUGCGACCGCUUCUGUGACCGAAACCCAGGUCUUCACCUCUAUCCAGGUCGUUCCCACCACCCGUGUGUGGGUUUCAACCGAGGUUGUCGACAGGACCAAGGUUAUCGAACACACCCUCACUGCGACCGAGGUCAAGACCUUGACCAACGUCCACACUCAAACCCAGACCCAGACCAACACGGCCACUGAAACUGUCAAGCUCGUCGAGACCGACACCGUCACCCAGGUUCAGUUGAGCACCAUCGUUCAGCCGACCACCUUCACCAAGGUUUGGGUCACCACCAACGUGAUCGACAACACUAAGACCGUUGAGGAGACCAAGACUGCUACCGUAACCUCGCAAGUCACCUCUGUUGCUACUGCCACCAAGACAGAGACCAAGACCGACACUGCGACGCUCACUCAUGUUACCACUGUCGUUCAGCCCACCACCUUGACCAGCGUGUGGGUCGAGACGAAGACUAUCGACAAUACCCAAACUGUUGUCGAGACUCUUACUUCCGUCAGGGUUGAAGACAGGACCGUCCUUUCGACUGUCACUGAGACUGCCACUGCUACUACCACUCAAGUUGAAGUCGUCCAGAACACUGGUCUCUACGAGUGCCUUGGCCAGUGCAAGUCGAAGUACUGGUUGAGUGCCGGUAACAGCAACUCCCACAACACCUAUGCUUCCCCUGAGCAUGCUUCUGCCACCGCAGCUCCCGCGGUAACCCACACGCCUGCUCAUGGCUCUUACUAAAAACGGACACUUAGUAGUAGACACAGAGGGACUUUUAUGAAGCAAGUUUUGACGCAUAGAUCUUCUCAUCCAUAACCCUUCACCUUUUCAAACCAACUUUCGGACAACGGACUGUUCUACCCAUUCACGACAUAUACCUUGCAACUUGCGAUUUUCCUCAAAUACUUUCGAUUUUACUUAAUUGCGGUUUUUCUUCGACGAAGCGCUCUUUUCUUUGCUUUCGGCUCUCGUCGAUUUGUGGCAAGUUGGCUUUUGGUACAUCGGUCCCGUGGAUCUUUAUACCGGCCUUUUGGUUUUAGUUAAUCCUUUCGUACUUUGCAUCGUAGUAGCUUUCUUUGCUGCAGUGCACCAUCCCUACAUUCUUUGUCUUUCUUCCCCCUUCCACCAGCACCUAUCCUGCUUAUACAUCUGUUGAUGGCAGAAAUGACGCCAAUGACAACCCUGGUGAUGCACAUGGAA